AUGAAGAGAAACUUCACCUCUGUGACAGAGUUUAUCCUCUUGGGACUUACCAGCCGUGUGGAGCUUCAGAUCCUCUUUUUUGUGGUGUUUCUGGUGGUGUAUGUGGCCACGGUGGCAGGAAACCUGGGCAUGAUUGUACUCAUCCAGACCAAUGCCAGGCUUCACACUCCCAUGUACUUUUUCCUGAGCCAUUUAUCCUUUGUGGAUCUGUGCUUCUCCUCCAAUGUGACUCCUAAAAUGCUUCAGAUUUUCCUUUUGGAAAAGACAACUAUUUCCUACCCUGUAUGCUUGGUCCAGUGUUACCUCUUCAUUGCCUUGGUCCAUGUUGAGAUUUACAUCCUGGCUCUGAUGACCUUUGAUCGGUACAUGGCCAUCUGCAACCCUCUGCUUUAUGGGAGCAAGAUGUCCCAGAGUGUAUGCACAUCCCUUAUCACAGUGUCUUACAUGUAUGGGGCGCUCACUGGUCUGAUGGAGACCAUGUGGACUUAUAAUCUGGCUUUCUGUGGCCACAACAAAAUCAAUCACUUCUACUGUGCUGACCCACCACUGAUUAAGUUGGCAUGCUCGGACACCUACCACAAAGAAACCUCUAUGUUUGUUGUGGCUGGAUUCAACCUCUCUUUCUCCUUACUCAUCAUUCUCACUUCCUACCUGUAUAUUUUCCCUGCUAUCCUGAGGAUCAGCUCGACAGAAGGCAAGCACAAAGCUUUCUCCACUUGCGGUUCCCAUCUGACAGCUGUUAUAAUAUUCUAUGCAACUCUCUUUUUCAUGUAUCUCAGACCCACAUUGAAAGAAUCUGUGGAACAAGGCAAGAUGGUCGCUGUGUUCUAUACCACAGUCAUUCCCAUGUUGAACCCUAUGAUUUACAGCCUUAGGAACAAAGAUGUGAAAGAAGCAAUAAGCAAAAAACUGUCAAGGAAAAAAUCACUUUUCUGAAAAAGAACCAAUUUUUUGUUUGCACUCUUGGCAGUUUUCCUAGG